AGGAUCCUGCAUCGUAUAGCGCAUAUUGCCGCAGAUUUAGAAGCCUUGCAUGAGCCGAGAAAAGCGUGUGAUUGCGUGCGGCCUCCAAUCCUCCAUUCUCCACUAUACACCUAGGUACUUCUCACGCCUCGUCUUUUCUGGAUGUAAGAAUGGGAUUUUUCAAGGACAUCUCAUUUCGAAGCAAGAGUAAAUCGACGCAGGGCGUAGCUAGCAGCACUGUAGUCCGCCAUGAUUUCCCACCUGCGCCGGAGCCUCAAAUCCCCAAGAUCAAGAUGAGACCGCCUCUAGUGCCACCUCCGCCCCAAUCAUCAGGGGCAAGCUAUUAUUUAGGAUCAAAUUCAGAGGACUCCGAGUCCGAUCCCGGUAGCAUCAUCAUCGGUAUCGAUUUUGGCACAACUUAUUCCGGCGUAGCUUGGAGCUAUUCCAAGGAGACUGACGAUAUUCAUAUCAUAACAGACUGGGACUCAAGUGAGUACGAGAGCUCUGAUAAGGGCAAGGCUCCGACUCGGCUCUCAUACAAACACGAACCUGGCAGUAGAGGAACCCGCAACCCCCAGGUGACAUGGGGAUAUGGCGUUGAAGAUGAUGAUGAAGCCGUCGAGUGGUUCAAACUGCUGCUCCUUGAAGAAUCGGACAUGGACGACAAGCAGAAGACGUCUCCUCAAAUCCAGAAGGCGAAAAGACUUCUACAAAAAGCGAACAAGACCGCUGUACAAGCGGUUGGCGAUUAUCUUCGCCUUCUUUGGGCCCACACCAUUACGAACAUAAAAAAACAAGCUGGGGAAGACUUUCUUCGAGGCCUUCCCUUAAAGGUGGUGUGCACCGUCCCAGCGAUCUGGAGAAACAAGGCCAUCAGCAAGAUGAGAGAAGCCGCCAAACAUGCUGGUAUACUGGAGCGUCGUACGGGCGGAGAAACGAAGUUGUUCUUUGUUUCUGAGCCAGAGGCUGCUGCGCUUGCCACCUUCAAUGAUCUCUCCAAACGUCCAAAUCUUCACGUAGGAGACACACUUGUUAUUUGCGAUGCGGGAGGCGGUACUGUCGAUCUCAUAAGCUACAAGAUAACCCAGACGAAGCCCAUGAAGCUCGCAGAGUGUGUUGAAGGCUCGGGAAAGCUAUGUGGUGCUGUCUUUCUGGACCAGGAGUUCGAAGCUUUCAUGAAGCAGACGAUCACUUCAGCUUGGGAUGUACCAAGCCCCGUUCUAAAGGCCUUCAUGAACCAGUAUUGGGAGAAUGGCAUCAAACGGGGGUUUAGCGGCAAGCCUCGUAGUUGGAAACUCAGCUUACCUUUCGAGUGUAUAGAGCGAGGUGCUCCACCUCAGAUCAAUCUUGAACAUGGAUACGUACUGGACAUCUUUGAGGAUGUCACAACACAAAUUCGCGCACUAGUUAAUGAGCAGAUACGCGCGGUCGAGGAAAAAGAAGGCCGGUUACCAAAGGCAGUGAUACUUGUGGGUGGCUUUGGAAGCUGCAAAUAUCUGCACAACGUUCUCGAAACGGAAAAUGCGCAUCGCGGGAUUGACGUCUACCAAUCCAAAGGUAACAAACCAUGGACUGCAAUCUGCCGGGGUGCGGUGCUCAAAGGAUUCGGACCGUUGUCUGAGUCUGGUCCCAUCGUGGAGACUCGAAUUUCUCGUUGCAACUACGGGUUAGUGUUUAGGGACUUCUUUGACCCAGAUAAGCAUAGUCAGUGUGAUUGGUUCCUGGAUGAGGUUACAGGAGAACCAAUGGCACGUGCUCAGUUGAGAUGGUACCUAACAAGAGGUACCAGUGUACGGGAGACUGAGCCAGUUUUACUCUCAUGGUAUCGCGAUAUUCCAGCAGAGCAGUAUCACAAAGGUUAUUCGUUGGUGUCGUGUAUUAGUACUUGCGACGAUCACGUCCCACCAACCCGGCGGACAAGCUCUGUUCGUGAGGGCUUGGAGAUCAAAUCAGACUCUCCCAUAGACGUAUCCAGUCUGAAGGUCUUUAAAGGGAUCGACGGCAGGUCCUGGCGGAAGGUCAGCUUCGGCAUAGAAAUGAAGGUUAUCGGCACUGCUCUCGAGUUUGCAUUGAUAUACGACGGCAAGCGCAUCGGGUCGAGUGAAGUCGAGGCGAAAGUAGACAUCUAGCAUUGAAUUGGUCAUUCUUUUCGCUGAAGGGAACAUUUCCAAGGACGACUCAAGGUGAUGUUG